UUUGUCUUGGUAAAAGGCGUUUCUGCAUUCCAUAUUUAAGCCAGCUGUUUAUAACAAUGAGGACUAGCAUUCUAGUUUGUUUGUUUGUUUUUUUAAUUGUUGACACAGGGCCUGUUUCACCUCAAACUUGUUGAAAUCCAGUUGAGAAAUGCCCCUCUGGAACGAUGGGAAGCUUUCAUACUUAACACAAAUCGUAGUGGCUCGGGACGUGUAAACCCAGUAAUGCCGGCUUAAAUUCAGCCAAUGAUGGCUUAAACAAACCAAACAUGGAAAAAACACUAUUUUUUUCCCCCUUUUUCUUUCAGAUCUUCUUCCUUUGCUUUUUCCACCAAGCUGGGGCCUUCAUGAACCCACUCCCAGCAGCAACCCCAUGGUGGAAAUAAUCGAGCAGCCGAAGCAACGCGGGAUGCGCUUCCGUUACCAGUGCGAGGGCCGCUUGGCCGGCUCCAUCCCGGGAGAACGCAGCACCGAUACCACCAAGACGCACCCCACCAUCAAGAUUCACAACUAUCAGGGUCCAGGGAAGGUCCGUAUCUCCCUGGUGACCAAGGAAGCCCCCCAUCGGCCUCACCCCCACGACCUGGUGGGCAAGGAUUGCAAAGAAGGCUACUACGAAGCCGAGUUAUCUCCGGAGCGCUCCAUUCACAGCUUCCAAAACCUGGGAAUCCAGUGUGUGCGGAAACGGGAUCUGGAAAAGGCUGUGGCCAAACGGAUCGAGACCGGGAACAAUCCGUUCAGCGUGCCGAUGGAUGAACUAAAAGGCGAUUACGACCUGAAUGCAGUUCGACUCUGUUUCCAGGUCUGGAUUCGAGAUACGAGCACGGGGCAUUUGAUUCAGCUGCCCCUGGUGGUCUCCCAACCGAUCUACGACAAUCGUGCGCCCAAUACAGCCGAGCUGAAAAUCUGCCGCGUCAACCGUAAUUCGGGGACUUGCCUAGGGGGAGACGAAAUCUUCCUUCUCUGUGACAAAGUGCAGAAAGAGGACAUCGAAGUCCGCUUUUUCAAGGAUUCCUGGGAAGCGAAAGGGUCCUUCUCGCAGGCCGACGUCCACCGCCAGGUGGCCAUAGUCUUCAAGACGCCGCCUUAUGCGGAUCAGACUAUCCGCGAACCCGUGACGGUCCAGAUGCAGCUGCACCGGCCUUCCGACAAAGAAGUCAGUGGCUCCAUGGAGUUCCGUUAUCUCCCGGAUGAAGGCGAUUUCCAUCGAAUCGAGGAGAAGCGCAAACGGACCCUGGGCACUUUUAAGAACUUUGUACAGAAAACACCUUUUGCAGUAGGAACCACAGAAGCCCAAUCUCCACGCCGCAUUGCCGUUCCGAAACACGGAGCGCCCCGGCUUAACACCAGCGCCGUGCCAGGGUUUCUGGGAGCAUCCAGCCACUCGCCUAUGCGCCCAAUUCAGAAGCCGCAAGUCAUGACUCAGCCUCCCGCCGGCUACUUCGUCGGGCCCAGCCACCCUACCCCGCCGCCGCCUCCCAUGGCCGCCGCCUCCAGCUUCAGCACCGUCAACAUGGAGGAUCUGUCGUGCUUGGGCGUCUCCUCACAGGCCCCGCCUUCCUCCAUGGACACCGAAACCAGCAUCGCCGACGCCUUCCUGCACCUCCACUUCGAAGGGGAUCCCUUGGGGGGCCUUUUGGACGACGCCCCCUACAGCAGCCUGGAUAGCAUCAACACCACCGAGUUCCGGCAGCUACUCAACGAAGGGGCCGGCCCUGCGCCGCUGCCGGAUACCCAGGGGACUCUGAUGACCUACCCGGAAUCUAUCACUCGCUUGGUCAGCCAGCGGAGGGCGGGAGGAGAGCCCGGGGACGGUGGAGGGGGCGCCCAUUCGACCAACAACAGCUUCCUCAACGGCCUUUUGGGGACCCUUCCCGCCGAGGACAGCUUUUCGUCCAUGGUCGACCUGGAUUUGAACUCGCUUCUCAACUCGUAAGGAUUCCCAGCGGUCCGUUGAUCCGAGAACUCACAGCUCGCUCUUCAAGCUACGGGUGCUUCCAGCUAUAUUUGGGGAAACGUGGUGGGGAGGGGGCAGCCUUCAAAACAGGGUUAGGGGUGGGCUUGGCCUCUGCAAAAUUGGAGGGGACGUUCUGUGGCCCCCACCCAUCCACCCGCCCAAAAAACCGCCCCAUGUGUUCUGCCUCUUCAGGGAGCGGACAGUACGAACGUAGGAGGGGGAGCGUGACGUGCCUUUGUGUGGUUUUUUUGCGUUCCAAUUUAGCAGACGUUCUUCCGACUUCGCUAUCAAAAUGCAGUUCUCGGGGCUUUUUUUAUAAAAAAAAAAAACACCUCAAAUUUCCCAGAGUUCCAAGACAUUUUUAAAUACUGUUAAGUUUGAAAACAAAAUUGUUGUCGCCAAAACUUGCCUUUUUUCCUACUAAGCUGGCCCAAGUUGUCCCACUUUAAAAAAAAAAAAAGAAUUGCAGGAUUCCGUUGCCUUUCACAAGGCGGUUUAUCAUCUUACAGGUAGUCCUCGACUUACGACAGUUUGUUUAGUGAUCGUCCGAAGUGACAACGGCACUGAAAAAUGUGACUUAGGAUCGUUUUUCCACACCGUUGUGGCAAUCCCCGAGGGCCGCAUGACCCAAAAAAUUCAGACGCUUGGCAACCCGACUCGUAUUUACGACGGUCGCACUGCCCCCAGGGUCGUGUGAUCCCCUUUUGCGACCGUCUGACUCUGUGGCUAUGACACCGAGCUUGUCGAUCAGAAAGGCCGGCGGUUCGAAUCCCUAGGACAGGUCUCCUGCGUGGAGCAGGGGGUUGGACUAGAUGUCCUCCAAGGUCCCUUCCGACUCGUUACUGUCAAUGGCAGGGCCAGAUUGACUUAACAAACUGUGGCAAGAGAGGCUGUAAAAUGGGACACAUUUCACUUAACCCCAGAAGUUUUGUUCUCCAUUGCGGUCGUAACUCGAGGAUUACCCGUAAAGGACUGAAGAAAUGCCCGUUAAUGUUUUUUAAACGUUAAAGGCACCAAAACUUUUUAUCAAGGGUGCCUUUUUUGUAUAAAGACUCGUUUUUUGUGCCUUAUAAAAUGCUGUCGCAGCUUUUCUGACUUGCCAGGUUUAAAUGCUGGAAUCUUUCCCCCCCAAAAGUGGGAUAUGAUGUUUUUUUUUUAAAAACCCAUUAAAUUAAUGAUUUAAAAAAAAAAAAAAAGGCAUGAAAUCGGUUCCACCAGAAAAAUGGCUGUUUUGGGGGGCUCUGCAGCUUGUGUACUGUGUGUUUGUGUGUUCUUUAGGUCAGCCACAAAACUAAACCAGACAGGGAAAGGACACACAAGUUAAGCCAAAUCUUCAGGUUUUUUUUUCAGCUGGCUCAGGCACAGUUAAGAAAAAAUUAAAAAGGGACUUCAUUCGCGUAACAAUGCACUGAAUUUUGAUUUAAGGAGGGGGGGAAUCUGGCUUUGUAGAAGGAAAGCAAGAUUCACCUAAUGAUGCAUCUAUUAACCACGCUGGUUGGCUUAAACGCAACGCCCGAAGCCACGAGAAAAAUAAAUCGGAAGCGGUAUCUGGGCGUCGUGCGUGAAUGCAACUGACAUCCCAAAAAAGGGAUUUAAGCAGCUUUGUUUUUUCCUGCUUGCCUUCUGCUUUCUGGCUUGAGAGAAAACCCGAUUAGGAGAGAGUGGGAAAGUUAAAAGUCAGUUUAGAGGCCGGAUGGAGAGUAACAACAGUUGUGGGAUUGCGAUGGGGAGUCCCACGUGUCAGCCCUGCCAGGGUGCAGAGAAAGGGAGCUGUUGUCGCAACCUUGCUGCCUUCACUUCUUUUUUGUACUGUGCAACAUUUUUUUUAUUAAAAAAAGGGGGGGGGAAUGGAUGUUUAAAACGUAGUUAACCUGCUGUUACUUUUUCAAUGCGUUUCUUUGCUUCUAAUGUAAAUGGACCGUACUUAUUUUUGUCUUCUCACUGUAGCAGGUUCUUCUAAUAAACUAAAGCCUCAGCAUUG